CGACGCUCAGCAGCGGAUUGAUUGUGGAAACGGACAGCGACUUCUCUGGGGAAUUCUCAAUGGUGGACUGCAACCAUCGAAACUCAGACUACUACAACAACAUGAUGGUCGGCAUUCAGGAUAACGAUGGCUUUGUGGAUCUCGACACCAUAAAGUGCGCGUCCUUCGCCAACAUUAUGGUUGGACCGGACCAUAUUGUCACCAUCACAGCGCAGACGGAUGUGUUCCAAAACUGCGGCGCCAACCAAGUGAUCACGGGGCUCGGCUCGUCGACCUACUACACACAAGACGUCAUCCGAAUGACGUGUAGCGACGUCAGCGGUACCUCUGUGUCUGACAACUGCACUGACUUGACCAUCACGGAGGAGAUGCAGAGUGGCGAGCUGGACCCUCAGCUCACGUGGCCCGUCCAGUGCCCCGAUGGGACUCCCCGUAUGGGCGCCAUGGUGGGCAUCAACUUUCGAGACGACCGGUCACCAAAGUGGACCGGCAUCAGGUGCUGCUACCUGGUGUAGCCGUCGGUGCUACCUAGUGCUAACUGCUGCCUGGUGUAGCCGUCGGUGCUACCUAGUGCUAACUGCUGCCUGGUGUAGCCGUCAGUGCUACCUAGUGCUAACUGCUGCCUGGUGUAGGUAAAAGUUUUUCACCAAGUGCUUACAGCUACGUGACAGCUGUUAGUGUUGAUGCUACUAUAUAGUACCUACUGCUACCUGGUGUAGCUGCCGGUGUUACCAGUGCUGCUACCUGGUGUAGAUAGACGUUUCUGACACCUUAGUGCUAACUGCCACCUGGUGUUGGUAGAAGUUUGUGUUACCUUAAUGCUAACUGCCACCUGGUGUAGCCGUUUGAGCUACCAGUACUGCUACCUAGUGUAGCCGGUGAUGCUACCUAAGUGCUGCACUACCUGGUAUAGCCAUCUGCGCUACACGGUGCAUCCGUUAGUGCUAUCGAUUGCUAACUGCUAUCAACGAGUAGCUGUUUCUGUCUAAUUUUGUUCCACAUAUGAUAAGAGAAUCUACAGUAGUACCACUUACAUUGGCCGAGUGGAAAUGAUAAAUCGCACUCAUAUAAUUAAUUCAUUGAAGGCCCUCAGUUCUCACGCUUGUGUAUGUGUACUCUUACCUAUACACAAUGUACAAUGGCACAUAACACGUCCAGUCGUAAGCAUGAUACGUGUGACCGUACCUACGCGCUUGGACGGAGCCUACGCUUGGACUGAGCCUAUCACACGAAAUGCCGUCUCGUGCAAUUUCCUUGCGGGACGUUAUGCCACUGACGUCGCUCAGAUUUACUCAUUGCGUCUAACAGCUUUAUAUGAUAUGCGUGUUUACAGCGAGAUAGCUAGGCCUUCUUUAAGAAAUGCAGCUAUUUGUUCUACAAAUGGUAGAUGAUCUUUGUGUAUGUAGACGUGGAUUUAUCGGGCAUUUAGCGUACUUUUAUGACUGAUGCCGUGUCUCAUAUUUUAUUAUUUAAGUCAUAUUUUAUUAUUUAUGUUUCCACCUUUGGUCCAGCCAGACUGAUCAUGAUGCCCAAUUGUAACUGGCCUUGCUACCGUUCAAUAAAAUGUCCCCGCAUUCAUAC